AGUCUAAAGAACUGUCCACCUUUUCGCUUGAAGGGUCCAAGGAUUCCAUUAUUUGCGUGUAGACACAGCCUUUUGGUUCCGAAUCCACAAUCAAAUCAAACCACACUCUUUUCUGAUCCAGUUCACUAGAGGUAGAGGACCUUCUGCAUCGAAUGGCUAAUUGUGUUAGCUUCACUUCAUCGCGGGACCAGUGCUUCAGAUACUCCUUUGCCAGCGCCGGCCUCAAAUCCUGCACCACCGAUCUUGGCGACGGCACGAUCAUGCACUGCUGGGUCCCAAAGCGGCACAUCGAGACUAAGCCUACCGUGGUUCUGAUUCACGGGAUCGGUGCCAACGCAAUGUGGCAAUGGGACUACUUCCUCUCCCCAAUCAAGACGCGCUUCAACGUCUACGUCCCGGACCUUCUCUUCUUCGGCGAAUCCUACACGACCCGACCCGAGAGGUCCGAAUCUUUCCAGGCACAGUGCGUGAUGGGCCUUAUGGGUGCCCACAACGUGACCCAUAUGGACCUGGUGGGGAUUAGCUACGGCGGGUUUGUGGCCUACAGUAUGGCUGCGCAGUACAAGGACCGCGUGGGUCGCGUGGUGUUGUGCUGUGCUGGGGUUAGUUUAGAGGAGAAGGACAUGGAUGAAGGGUUGUUUACGGUUAAGAGUGUGGAUGAGGCAGUGGAGAUGUUGUUGCCGCAGAGGCCGGAGAAGGUACGGGCGCUGCUGCGGAUGACUUUCUAUAAGCCGCCCAAGAACGUACCCAAUUGUUUUCUCAACGAUUUUAUCGAUGUGAUGUGUAUGGAAUAUAUUCAAGAGAGGAAAGAAUUAAUCCAUGCCUUGCACAAAGACAGAAAGUUGUCCGAUCUACCAAAAAUAACCCAGCCUACUUUUUUAAUUUGGGGAGAAUACGAUCAGGUUUUCCCUUUGGAAUUAGCACACAGAUUAAAAAGGCAUAUUGGUGAUAAUGCACAAGUAGUCAUCAUAAAGAACGCUGGGCAUGCAAUAAAUGCAGAGAAGCCUAAAGAAAUGUUGAAGCACAUCAAGUCUUUCCUCUUUGAUAAACUCACUUCCCCCAAGCAAGAAAACCAUCCGAACAACAAUAACAAGAACCUCAGCAAUGGCCACAAGGUGGAUUGAAAUGCAGUGGAAAGGAAAAAAUGGAAAAGUAGAAUACAGAAGUUGCUGAUAUAGUGGAGUUAAGUCUGUGUAUAUCUGGGUGUAGUUGCGUCGUUGUAAGUCGUAGAGUCUAGCAUUGUCUUGCUUCUUCAUCCUUGAAUGGCAGAUAAUGGUUAAGGUAUCGAGUACUAUUUAUGUAUGUAUACUGUAACUUUGAUAUGCGAUUGUGAACGUAAUCCCAUUGGGUUAUAUGUGUCUUUUAGUCCUA